UCCACUCACCUCUCUCUCUCUCUCUCUCUCAAGAGAUAUUAGUUGGUCUCUUCAGAACUUUUGCAGAGUAUUGGUCAACUUUUUUCUGUAAGAACUUCAGGGAUCAGGUCUAGUGUAUCUCAUCCAGUCAUUUGUGCUUAUCACCUCUCUCUCUCUCUCUCUCUCUCUCUCUCUCGUACUAGGCUUGUGUCAUUUGAUAUUUGAUACUCCUACCUAAUGGAUGUCAUCAUCUUCUUCCUCCUCUUCUCCUCAAUGUUCCUAAAUACGGAAGCCAUAGAUAAGAAUUGUCCACCGGCUAAGUGUUUCCCAAAUGGCCCUGAAAUCCUGUUUCCUUUCUCAAUCAAAGGGCUUCAGCCCCAGAAUUGCAGCUACCCUGGUUUCAAACUAGUUUGCAAGGAAAACAAAACCACAAUCCACUUUCCAUCAUAUGGGGAUUUGGUUGUCAAAUCCAUCUCUUACGACUCCAAAAGACUGAGUCUCCUUGAUCCCAAAAAUUGUGUCCAAGAAGUCUUUCUAAACCUUGAUCUCUCUCGAACCCCGUUCCGUUACUACUACAUUCUGAAAAACUACACGUACCUCAACUGCUCUGCUCCGCUUUCACGUCCCUUCGUGCAAGUCCCGUGUAUGAGUGGAUCCGAGCAUCAUGUUUAUGUUGUCGCGCCGUUUCAGGUUGUUCCGGAUUCUUGUAAGCCUGUGAAGACCAUAGCAACUCCAUUUUCGUACAGUCCUUAUCUCGCUGAUGAUAGUUUUGGACUGGGAAUUACCUGGGACGUGACUCGGCGAGAAGAUUCUGUCACAUGUUUCAGUGCAGCAGGCAGAAAGGUCCUGAGUAUCCUCGUCUUCUUUUUCAUGGUUGGAGCCCUUGUCAGUGUCAAGACUUAUUGCUCCAGAAGUGCUUUGAUCGACAAGUUAUGCGGGUAUUAUGCUACCCUCAAACAUGCAAAAUUCUCCGCAAGGGGAGUGAGAAAUCAGGUUAAGAUAUCAGCAGGAUACGGAAAUCACGGAAGUGAAUUCAGAAGCAUGCUCUUCGAAAAUGAAAAUUUUACCUGGAAAGACUGCGUUGAUGGAAAAGCUUCUGUUAGUAAUCCUCGACCUGAGUUAAGUUUCCAAUUCCAGAAGUCAGAAGAUGGAACGGAAGCUCCACAGCUGUUCUGAGUUUCCGACAAAUUCACAUGCAAGUAAUGGGAAGAAAUGUGACAUUAGGCAAAUGUUCUUGGAGGGAAUACACGAAUAAUGGGUUUUUUUUGUCCUAUAUUUCAAACAUGCAAUAAAAAAGCAACUCGGCCUAUAAUAGGCCCUCAAAUCCUAUAUUUCAAACACACACACACACACAAAUGAAGCAACUUCCAUCCUCCUAAGCUUCUCAUGCUCUUCCUAGGCUUAGGGGAGCAGGUUAUUGCAGCAUUAGUAGAAUAUAUCAUUUCAUUGACUGUGUUUGGGUUGUUAUCUUACUUGGAACUGUUGGCUUUUAUAUUGCCUAGACAAGAGCACUACCAGAGCAAGUAAUCGAAACACAUUGCUUCCUUAAA